AUGUCUUGGAAGGUCCUAUGCUCCGGGUACCUCAAUGUUGAGCGCAAGGGCCAGGUCAAAACACCAUUUUUCGUUCUGCGAGAAAACAGCCUUGAACGCUAUGACACGGCCAGCGACUUCGAGAAGGGGCAGGUGGAGUUUAUUUUCCACAGAUUCAUUCACGUUCACUCCGUGGUGGCCCUCGCUGACCACUGUUUGUUGGACGUGACCCUCGUUGAGAGGUGGACUUCGUCCCCGGGAGCCUCACCGGCCUUCAUCAUGGAGCUGUUGGCUUUCGUCGUUCUGGCAUGUCAUCCGGGCCCCCACUGGAUGGGGGACCUGAUCCUCUACGUCACUGAUAACGCCAAUGUCCGCUCGUGGUUGCGCAAACGGCGGCCGGGCAAUCGGAUUGCAAGUCUGCUUGUCCGUCUUGUGCGAAGACUUGAGGCAGAACAGAUCUUUACUGUUCAUCCCAUCUGCACUCUGACUCAUCGGGACCAACUGGCGGAUUGGCUAAGCCGGGAAGACCUGGGGGUCGUCCGAGCUCAGCUCCUUGCCGAAGGCUGGGAAGAAAGCACUACUGACAUGUACUGGGAACAGUUCUUGCAAGAUGCAAGGCGUUCUGCCCUGGUGUACGAUACACACUCUCAAGACCAACUCGAGGUCACCAGCUGUGCUAUUGCCUUGAAGCUCUUCAAGGCCUGGGAACCUGGUAAGCGUCCACGCGUAGCAACCUCCUACUCUGCUGGAAGGAAGGAGGUCUGGAGUAUUUCCGGGCAAACCCGCCCCAGUCGAUGCAGCUUAUUCAGGCUUAUUCCGCUUGACCCCGGUACAGUCAAAGGCGCCACGCCUCUGUCCGGUACGCUUGUGCAAGAGCCCGGCAUUGUUACCACCGCAAACCCUUGGCUGCCGCACCCUUUCCAUUUGAAGGGUCCGGGUGGUGUUCCGCCCGAAUGCCUGGUACACAAGAUGACGAGUCCCGUGUGUUUUUGUGGGUCCCACCAAACACUUCAGAGGCCCCGGUGCUACGCUGAUUCCGUGUGA